AUGGAUUCAACGGAUAUGGAGUUUGAUGGAACUGCAACUGACACUUCAAAAAAUAAACUAGAUGUAGAAACGGAUGCCAAUACAAGUAUCGUUGAUAUUGAUUCAGCAAAUAAGACAUCAGAUAUUCCAAAUUUACCAAAAAGAGGGAAGGUUGUGAAAAAAUCCAUGGUUUGGGAUCAUUUUGAGAGGCUAAAAGAUUGUAAUUGGAGAUUGCAUAGAAGGAUACUUAGUCUUUGUCCAAUUGAGAAUCAUGAAGAUGAUACUAUUGGUAAAACCAUUGAAAAGAAUUUGAAAGAUUUGGGCAUUGAAAGGGUAAUGACUUUAACGGUUGAUAAUGCAAGUUCGAAUGACACUGCCAUUGCUUAUCUUCUGAAAAGAUUCAAUAAGGGUUUAUUGUUUGGUAGAGAAUUUCUGCAUGUUCGUUGUUGUGCUCAUAUAUUAAAUCUUACAGUAGCUAUGAAGUUUGAAAAGGCUUUUGAUAGAUUAGAAGAUGAAGAUGCUUCUUAUAGACACGAUUUUUUAUCAAAUAAGGAAGAUUGGACAAAUGCUAAGAUGUUGAUUAGGAUUUUAAAAAAUUGUAUACGUUUGAAUGCUGGUAGUGCAAAUGCAAUGCUAGUUGAAAUGGCCAAUAGCAUGAAGGCCAAAUUUGAGAAGUAUUGGGGGAACAAUGAAAAAAAUAAUCUAUUGUUGUAUGUUGCUAUUGUGCUAGAUCCUCGAAAAAAGCUAAGAUGUCGCUUUCAUGAGUACAGUACUCAGAGUGGGAGUGGGAGUACUACUACUAAUACACCAAUUGUCUCAACCUCGGAGACCAUUAUUUAUUGUGAUCCAAUUGAAAAGAUGGGUCAAGACUUUGUCUAUGAUACAGUUGAUAUUGAUUUCGAAGGCAAUGAGACCACAUCUUUCGAACAGGGGUCAGAGAUUGAUAUUUAUUUGUUGGAAGCGUCUGAGUCAGCUUUUAGUACACGAGGUCUUAUUGUUGAUUCAUCACAUUGUUCAUUGGAUCCAAAAAGAGUGGAGGCCCUCAUUUGUACUCAAAAUUGGCUACAUUCUAAUCCAAUAGAUCUUGAAGUUCAACAUGAUUUAAAAGAAGCUUCGUUAUUUGAAGAAGGAUUCAGAGUAAUUAUGGAUGAUGAAAAAGAGGUUCAAGACCUUCCAGAUUUUGCAAAGUUGUCACUUAUUGAUUAA